CAAGGUCAAUAUCACAGUCUGGAAUCUGCAAACCGUUGUACAUUUUUUCCUGCAGUUCCCCAGGACUAGCACCAUGGUUGCCAUGCCCUACGGCCAGGAGUACACCACCCGUCUGGAGUGGUACUCCCGCUUCUACCUCUAUGCUGUCCACGGCUACGUCUGCGAGGUCAUGUUCACGGCAGCGUGGGAGUUUGCUGUGAACCUGAACUGGAAGUUCCCAGGGGUCACCAGCGUGUGGUCACUGCUGAUCUAUGGGAUGUCCAUCCUGGUGAUCGAGCGCAUGUACCUGGCCCUGAAGGAUCGUGUGGUUCUUCCCUUACGUCUCCUGCUGUACCUGAUGUGGACAUACCUGUGGGAAGUCUGCACCGGGUACAUCCUACGCCAGUUUAACGCCUGUCCUGGGCUGAUCACCCUGGAGUACGCUCCCUGCUGGUUGGUGGGCUGUUCAUCGUGGAGCGCUUUGUGAUUGGGAACACCCUGAAGCUGCGUUACCAGGAGCCGCCACGCAUGGGCAACGGAGAUAUCAGCAAUAGGAACAGUAACUUCUCCCCAUUUGCUCCCUGUAUGUGAUACAUUAAAAUCUUUCCAUAGAGAAAAAAUAUCAUACUGGAAAGAGACUUAAUGUAUCAUUUCUCAGGACAGACACAUAUGUAUUACUUGGGGGGACUCCGACACCGUAAGUCUCUCUUGUUAUGUUUUUGAAAUAUGGAUUCUAUGAACUCAUAACUCUAAAAUGUCAUGAGUUGGUCAACUCCCCUUCAUCACUGCCUCAAGAACAAAAAAUCCCCUUAAGCAUAUGGAUUUUCCACACCCCAAAUUUGUCAGAAAUUAUAAGUAAAUAAACUAAGUAGAAAUGGAGCAGUGGAUAUGCCAAGAUUGGGUCUACAGAGCUACAGGGGAGACAUGUCUAUCAAACAGACAGGGGAAAAUUGUAUUUCUAACAUUUACUUAAUGCAAAGACGCAGCCUAAUUAGAUGUCAGAAACACCAAACUCAUCUCUUCCAGAAUACUCCACACUAAAGUUUAGAAUAGUAAGCCUAGGACUGAUAGAGCCAUAUCAGUGGUCUUGAUGUCAACAUGUACUGGUAUGUGUUGUGUACUUGUAAUGUAAGGGGAUCUCAUGUUGACAUCGAGCAAAAAUACUGUAUCAACCAUCAUUCAGGAUACAUAUAGAUGACCUUAAUCCCAAAUACUUUUGAGGUCAAGUCAUAAAAAGGAAGUCAAGGAAGAAAAACAAAUGCUUGGUGGUGUGUGUACAACUGACACUACCGUAAGUAUUUGAACAGCUGUAGGUUCAGUGGAAGAUCUUAACACAGAGAUAUGUAAUUUGUCUGAUGCAUUUUGGAUUAAAAUGUUAUAAAUGGUCGCUUUAAAGACAAGAACUGUCUCCCAGCACCCCUGCUGGCCCCAGUCAGACAUAUAUAUAUAUAUAUAAUGUUUCCAUAUUGGAAACAAUAUACAUGCUGAUGAAACAGAGAUGAACACAUUUGUGCAAAGUGUUAGAUAUUUAUGACUUCAACCUUGAACAUGCAUGGAAUAUUGUACAUAGAUAUAUAUUUAAACAAGAUAUUUAUAAGAUGUAAACCAAGUCCUGUUCCAAAUGUUAUAUAUCACAUGAUGGUCUAUUUAAGAAGUGACAUGAGCGUUGACUGCAGAUCUGGAGUGAUGAAGUAAUCCUUCAGGGAUGGCAAUAUAUUAACUAUGGGACCACAGGGACAGAAGAAAGAGACUUUACCACUUCAUUGUGUGAAUCUUUAAGGAAAUAGUAUGAGUUACGUGUUUUGUGAA